GACUGGUACUAAUUUUGCUGCCGUUCAUUCGCUAGUUCGGACACCGCCAGAGCUAUUCGUAUGUAUCGCGCGUAGAAACGAAACAUCGUCGUAUCGUACGUUUCAUCCGAGUAUCCAUUACGUGAUAAGCGAAGAAGGAAAAUUUUGCUGGCCACAGAAAUAAUCCCGUGGAACCUCAUCUGGAAGGCAGCCAACACGAAAAAAAACCAGGCGAAGGAACGAAAACGUUCGGAAGCGGGAUCUUCCGGAGAGAAACGAGGGCUGGAAAAAGACGUCUGCAAACGCCCUCGUUCCAGCACCAUUCGUGGGACCUCAAAAUUGGAAAUGUUUCUGUGCUAAACGGAACAGCAGAACCGUACUGAAAAGGUUUUCCGCGUAAGCGUCAACAAGUUCUAUUUUUGCUGAUACUUGGCGCACAGUGAUGCUGAGAACUUGAGGCACUCGUUCUCUGCGCUCACAUUCACUUUUAAAGAGACUACUUCAAACCUACCCAAGCUGACCAUAGUCAUUUCCAUCAGCUGAGCAUAUUGGUGUACUGCGUUUGCGACGUGAUCUGUGAUCGCAGGUGUUAUAUGUCAUGAAUCCGGACGAAUAUGAGCAGCUACCAACGACGAGUGUAGCCACGAAUAUGAUGGCCGGUGCCAUCGCUGGCGUUAUGGAGCACUGUGUGAUGUAUCCGCUGGAUUCAGUGAAAACCAGGAUGCAAUCGCUGACACACGUUGCCAUGCACGACACAAUCGCUUCUACCAUGCGGGAUAUGGUGCGAACAGAGGGUCUAAUGCGACCGUUCCGGGGCGUCGGAGCCGUUGUUGCCGGGGCGGGCCCCGCACACGCGUUCUACUUCGGAGCGUACGAGUACUCUAAGGAGGCAAUCGGACGCAUCUCUGAUCAGCACCAAAUCAACUAUAUGGUGUCGGCCGCGUUGGCUACCCUUCUGCACGAUGCUAUUUCAAACCCGGCCGACGUUGUGAAGCAGAGGCUACAGAUGUACAACUCACCCUACAGAUCUAUCCUACAUUGUGCCCAAGUGGUUUACCAGACCGAGGGACUACGAGCGUUCUAUCGAUCGUACUCUACGCAACUUGUGAUGAAUAUCCCGUACUCGGCGAUCCAAUUUCCAACGUACGAAUUUUUCCAGAAGCUGCUUAACGAAGACAAUAAAUACAACCCCCCGGUGCACAUGGUGGCCGGUGGUGCAGCGGGAGCAGUGGCUUCUGCCCUCACAACUCCACUCGAUGUUUGCAAGACACUUUUGAAUACACAAGAGGAUGGUGCUGGUAAAACCAGAGGCCUCAUAGAGGCAGCCAAGAAAAUCCACCGUACAGCCGGCCCAAUGGGCUUCUUCAAAGGUCUGCAAGCGCGAGUUUUGUAUCAGAUGCCUGCAACGGCCAUCUGUUGGUCAACAUACGAAUUCUUCAAGUAUAUGCUCACGGGACCUUCUAGAAUAUCGUCGAGGGGUAGCAUUUCCUCCGAUAUCGUUGCGAGCACAGAUAUUGUGAAGGACGAGAAAAAACUGUCCGAUCUGCGAUACGUGUUACCUGUUAGUGCAGCGUCGGCAGAAGCAUCGUCAAACGGUCUGCUGGUACGAAGCGGAUCAUCAUCCAGUGGCGAGCGGGAAUGUACCCGCCGAGAACUGCCGGCCAUGUCCGGCGCAGGGAUAUAUGGAGCAAUGAGCUACAACACGAUGCACUCUAGUGAGGCAAAUCACAUCACCGACUAUCCGUUGCGGAGGGCAAAUUGAGCUGCCAAACGUUGAUUCUGUGUAUCCACAGAAACUGUAGGUUUUUCAGUUUCUCUGCCACUUUUUGUUGUUUAUCUUUCGACCCAUCAGCAUCGUCCAUUCUCCCACGAAUCGUUGCGUAUAAUGACUACACCUACGCGCUCCCAAAUCCCAGUUUAUUGUUACAAAAUGGAACAAAUGUAUACUGAAAAUAGAGGGAUUUCCUUUCGUCGAAUGUAAGUUUAUACUUUCUGUGAUUCCACAACUUCUGUUCGAUAUAGAUUCGAUUACUAGCAAUUCAACACGCGUUGGGUCACGUUCUCAUACCAUGCCUUGUUAUUAUGUUUUUAAUUAUUAAUUUUCGACGUCUUCAUCCGUGGUAGUAAUAGAUCUUGAUUCAAGUUCUGGGAGACAUAUUUUCUCCUCUGUGUUUGGCAUGAAGCAAGGUUCCUACCACUCGUAAAUGCAUGUCGCGUUUUUUUAUCUCGUGAGAAAUUGGCAACCGUCACACAAUCAUGAGGUUUAGUCAUUCUUUUGGGUUCGUUGAAACGUAUUACGCUAUGCAUCUAAAAACUAUCGGAUGUCUGAAAUUAAAGCUACCCUUUCUUCAAAACGGCAUUUCAGCCAUCUUUGUGAUAUCGAUGAGAGGGAACGAAGUAUUUAAAGUCAAUUAAAACGAUCAUUUUCAAAAAGAUAAUACUACAAUAAAGCUUGUUAGUUAUGUUAGAACGAAGAAUGUGACUCUUUUUUCUACCGCGACUAUCGUUGCCGUUAUGCUCUUUUUUUUUUCAACAGACCGAAGCUCACCCUUCAAAUUCGGAGAAAGUAGUUCAAUAGUUGUUUCACAAUUUAUACUUUUUAUCUGGUCACCAGCAACCACAUAUAACCAUUGGGAAAAAAUGUUUCAUGUAGAAGUCAAGCUUCUAACCAGGCAGAAACAGAAACAGAACGAACGAUCUGAAAUCCCGGAGAUUUUCGCAGUGUGUACAUUUGUUAUAUGGACCGGUACAUAGUAUCGUCUGAUGGUAAGAUGCCAUAGAAUGCUUGAUACCCGAAUAAGGUCAAGAUAGAAGUUCAGAAGAACACAGAACAAAACAAAAACUUAGCAAAAUCGAUGAAUUAGACAAAAAUGUAAUUUUUCGAGAUACAAAAGAUGACGAGAGAGAUUGUAUUAGGGAAUGUUUAAGCAUUCACGUGUAUAGAAAUUAUAACCAAUGCGAUUUCAAAACUCUGCGCGCCAGACAAAGUGAACGAAACGUGUGUGUACAGCGAGAUGGUACAUUUCAAAACAAGAAGUACACAAUAAAUACAUGUAUAUGAGUCAAGUUAAAGUUUCAAGUAUAA